CCCCUUCCUGUUAUGCGCAGCUUAGUUUUGGAUUUACGUAAGCACAAACACAUCAAGAGAGAUUACAUAUGUUCAGGUCUAUAUACACUAGAAUGCUUCGUUCAGGUACUUUUUGAGAGGUUUGGAGACGUCGCCUUUGAUCCGGAGUGUCAUACUUUGCAUGAGGCACGUAAAAUCGCCUUUUGGUUUCUCGGGGAAAAGCUUCUGGACGUCGUCCCUAAACUUGGUCAAGCUUCCUUCGAUUCUUCGCACUUCGGUGACAAUAGCCUGACUUUUGUAGGUUCUGUAAACGGGUAUGUUUCCUUUCUGAGUUCUUGAAAUGUAGUAAGCGUUUCUGAAUGGUUUUCCGUACAAGUUGUCGGCGUUGACUUGUUCGAUUUGGGGGAAAACCUUGGUCAGUCUUGAAACUGUCGUAGGAGACAGAGGUCUCUGCGGCAACGAGAGCGACACCGGCGUAAGAGUCGACUGGGGUCUGGUAAUAAUCUGUUUCCACAUGGUGGUAUUAGUGUCGAUGAAAAAGUUUAUACAAGAAAAUAUUGGUCGUGCACUGGAUACUUUAGUAAAAGAAUCGAAGUUGAUCUAAGGAGUGAGAAUCGAUUUACAGUUGAAUCCCAUGAUGAAUAGCCACCAGACAUAGUGGGUGAGACUAAUUGAGUGUCUGAAUAGUCUGAAGCAGCACCAUUUGUGUCUCCAAUCUAUGCCUGCUCCGAUGCAAUGUGAUAUAGCGUACAGAUUAUGAUCGGAGUCGAUGGCUCAUUGGUCGACCGACGCCCGACAAGCUCCGCGGCAUGUAUUAUCGUAGUUUUGUUUGGAGGUGUCUAUAUCUGCAUAAUCAACUCCAUCAGCUUAAUUCUGUUGGGUACAAAAGCGUUCUUUGACGGCCUACUUCCGAUGACGUCGAGCAGUAGUGGGAAGGCCAGAUCUGUGCCUAUGUCCGUCUUGCCAAUCACAAUAUCCAAACAUUGUUGAGCCAGCCAUAUAUAAUCUGAUACAGUGUUCAACAAAAGUAUGACAAACACGGUUGUCCGAUUCAGGGCCCCAACAGGCGACGGAAAUGUCCUUGAACAAUUACAGCCAACAAUAGAUCAGCAUAUCAAUCACAGGACUCCUAGAUACGAUUUCCUAAACUAGACAGGUGGUCCAAAUCAUGGCUGAAUUUUCAUCGUUGCAUGCACGGCAGCCUGGCUGUGCAGGUGACUCCGGUGAUUCAUUCUGCACAAAAAUUUAGUGACUUAGUCAAUUUUUUUAUCAGUAUAAAUUGACCGGCUGAAAAUUAAAAAUGGUACACCAAAAUGGACGUUGAAUCGAGCACCAAAACUGAGGCUUCGCAGGAAGUUGAGCACCUCACCCCUGUGGAAGAUAAGAAGUUGGACCGGAUCUACAGGCAUCUGGACUUCCGGAUCAUUCCUGCUCUGUGGUGUCUGUACUUCCUCACGUCUUUUGGAGGAUCUGCAUACGGAAACACCCUAACCAUGAAUUUUGAAACUGGGCACUCGCUCAAGCAAACUUUGAAUCUCACGUCCCACGACACGUCUGUUGCGUCGGCGCUGGAAUACGUGGGCUUCAUUCUGUUUGAUCUGCCAAUGAACCUAGCCAUGACCAAAAUGUCUCCUCAAGUCUGGCUCAGCAGAAUGGUGGUCAGUGUUGGUCUGCUCUACACGUGUUAUGCCGCUUUGAAGAACGCAAGUGGCCUCAUUGCCAUCCGUUUCUUCUCCGGUGUGGCCGGAGCAGGCGUGUGGCCUGGCAUGACAUACUACAUCUCUCUGUGGUAUCCAGAACACCGCACAGCCCGCAGAAUCGGCUACUAUUUCACUGCUGCCCAGCUGAGUGCUUCCGCCGCUGGAUUGGUUGCUGCAGGCUUCCAGAAGAUGGAUAUGACCAGAAACAUGGAGGGCUGGAAAUGGCUUUUUAUCGUCUAUGGGUCUAUCACCAUUUUUGUUGGCUUCACCCUGAUUUGGUGGCUUCCUGAUAGACCAUCACACCUAGUCAGUCCUAAAAAAUCGUUCCUGCCAGAGAAGGUGGCGGUCUUCUUCCGCUCGCCUCAGCCUCUAACUGGCGAAAAUCGCCGCAUCCACGAGCAGGACAUGAAGGCACGGUACAUCAAGCUCAGCUGGGGCUGGAGGGACGUGGUCAAGGUCAUCUCUGAUCUGCGGACAUGGCCUCUGAUUAUCAUGUAUUUUGGGGUUGUUGGAACCGGAUUUGGCCUAGCUGUGUUCGGUACCACUCUCAUCAGUGCCUUGAACCCAAGUCUGUCUGGUAUCGAUGUUUCACUGCUGUAUGCUCCAAUCUGGCUUUUCGACCUUGGAGGUAUUUUGCUUGUGACACCGUUUGCAGACAAAUUCAAGAGCUUGCGGCCGAUUCUCUUUAGUGCCAGCACCCUGAUAAUCAUCGUGGGAUUGAUUGUCACAACCUAUGCCCAUGGGUUCUGGCACAGAUACUCCGGGCUGCUCAUUGCCGGCUUUGGUCUUGGGCCAACCGUGCCGAUCACUAUGACCAUGUCGUCCGAGAUCAUGCUGCCUGUUUACGGAGACGUUGGCACAGCAGUGGCGGCAGCGCUGGUGUCUGGUCUUGGAAACCUUGGCUCCGUCACUGCCACCUACGCUCUUUAUUCGGGCUGGCCGGCCGACGCAGCAAGAUUGUACCAAUACUCCAACAUGAUGCUGGUCCUAAUGUUGGGCGUCAGUAUUGUGAGCUGUGCUAUUCUGCAGUUCAUGAGAUGGAAAUGGUACUAGUAACUUAAUAUAUAGUCGCUAAUUUACGGCUUAAUCACUUCCUCUGGCGACCCGUUGUUUUUGCUGCUUCUUAGGAUCGCAUCCACAAUGCUCAGAUGGUGGAAACACACCUCUGGCGUAGUGAUAAUCUUGGACUUGUCCUUUGUGGUGAGCGCCUCGCCCAGAACCUCAAACUCUCUGUCUGUGCUCAAAAACUCGUCCUCGAUCGUAAUUCUCUCGGUAUUUUUGGGAGUGUCCGCGGUGAGCCCGCCUGUUCUAAUAGUGAUCGCUCUCUCUUUUCCCGGACUGAAGUCGAAGUGAACAGACCCGUUGUCGCCGAGAAUCUCGAAAAAACAGCUUUUUUCAGUAUUGCCGAAAGCAGAUCCGUAGGUAAAUGUGCCUAUCUGGCCGCCCUCGGUCUCCAGAAGCGCGUACGCAAUGUCGUCAGCACCGCUCUGCUCGCGGAUCUGCCUCGUGUGCGCAGAAACCGUCUUCACCUCGCCGAGCACGCCGGUCAGAAGGGCAAGCUGGUGCACACCACCAUCAGAAAGGAACCCGCCAAUGUGUUCUGGCUUCUGUCUCCAGGACGUGGACAGAUAAGCAUUGUCAAAGUUGAAAGGUCCUGUCGAAUGAUAUGUAAAGGAGUACGCUUUUCCAAUCUUAGAAACCGCCCGUUUGAGCUCCUCCACGGCCUUGAAAUAGGACCAGUGCUCCAAAAUGAACACGGUAACGUCAGGGUUUUCUCUCGAAACCUUGACGAACUCUUUCGCCUGUUCGAUAUUUGCAGCCAACGGUUUCUCCAGCGCAAUGUUCUUCUUGUGUUUGACUGCCAGCUUCAAUGCGUCCAAAGUAAACUGAGCAGGAAGUAAGGCGUCCACAAGAUAUACUUCUGGGUCCUCAAAGACCUCCUCGAGAUUGUCGUACACCUUUUGAAUGCUGGAGUCUUUCUUGGCAAACUCCUCUGCCUUGGCUCUGGUUCUAUUGAAACACGAGUAUGGAGUGAAAUACUCCGACUUCUGAAGGGUAGGCAGAUGGGCCUUUGUGGCGAAAAUACCCGUACCAACAAUUGCAACGUUAAGCUUGGCCAUGGUAAAUAAUGAACAACUAAUUAUUUGGCCAGCAGCGAACUUAUAAUAGCAGCAUGACUAAUACCUGCAUACUCCGCAACGCUGCCACAGUGAAAUUUUUCGGUCCACUGCUAUCCACCAAACAGCAGGGCAGGUCGACACGAACACUGGCUAAACAGGUCCUGAUGUAAUUUUGUGUCCCCAUCGUCUGUCGGAUACCGUUCGAGAGCUGCUACAAGGAGGGUCGUGUGGCGCUCAAUCUCGAGAUUUGCUAAAACACAUCGCUAAAUAAAAAACUCGUCGUCAAUGAAUCAACUACAAGGGCCAUCCGAGACACAGAAGCUUACGCCUCCGGCUGUGAAAGACCCCGUGGCGGUCACUGUGGCCACGUACCUGCGCCAUCACAAGAUCCUGAAACAAAGACAGGGAUUCAACAUCAACACAAAGGAAAAACAGGACUUCUUCAGGUACAAAAGAUGUAUAAGGGCAUUGCUAAGCGACGAGUACAAGAAACAACAGGCCAAACAACCCUCGCUUCCUAUAAUUGCAGACAAUGCACAGGCACAGAGAAUGUUCAUUUUGAUGAUCCAGAACCAGCUCAUCCAGCCGGUCAAGAAGCUCAAGACACAGGAAGCAAAACAAAAGAAGGCCAAGCUCGAAAAGGGCGUUCCAUGCCUCGAGUCGACCACAAAAGCUGUUUUGCAACCAGACGAAUAUUUCGUAUGGACUUUCACGCCCCCAAACCCGUACCUUGUGGUGUAUUCUCUACUGGGGCUUGUAGCCAUAUUCACCGUGAUCCUGUUCCCCUUGUGGCCUUUCUGGAUGAGAAAGGGUGUUUGGUAUCUGAGUACGUGUCUGCUGGGCCUGAUUGGUCUGUUUUUCGCCCUCGCCAUUGUGCGACUCAUCAUCUACGUGUUCACGCUCGUUUUUCUUCCUUCACAAUUCUGGCUUUUCCCACGACUGUUUGACGAUUGCGGUUUCUUUGAUAGUUUUGUGCCGCUUUACGCAUGGGAAGAACCUAAAGGGAAGGGGAAGAAGAAGAAAUCCAGGGCCGCGUCCGAACAUAAACAUGCACCGCCAGUUUCGUCGCAAUCAGAAAAAAAUACUACAACGGCCACCAAACGGGCCACAGUCGAGGAAAUUGAGUAGCACGUAUAGUAAUUCCAUUAAAUAUUCCUAUAAAACC